UAGCUCAGCGGGCCUUACCUGGUAAAAAAAAUAGUUUCGUUUCGUAAUAUUUGAAACAUUCAGGGGCGCACCUUCACUCACCCCCUACACUGUCCAGUGUGUGGCGAGGCACAGUCACACAACCGGCAUUUUAAUGUGGCAUUCUUCUCGUGGUGGAUUAACAAAAGGCAGUACAAUCGUUGAUUUGUUGGUAAACAUUGUUGUUCUGAGGCUCUGCCAGUUGUGUCGCUCCAGGCCAGGUGGGGGAGGGCUUCACUGUACUGAUGAGCUCUAAAUAUUAUGAAACUGGUGUACAUUUGAAUCUUAAUAUGAAGCUUUCGUUACUACAGGAAUGCAUGCUCAUUGGUUAUUUUGGUAAAGUCAUGUAGGUAUAAAAAUACAACAAAAAAUAAUAUAUGUCACGACGUUUCGAUCGCAACACAAGCGGUUGUCCUCAAGCGGAAAAAAUAAUCCAGCAGGGAACUAAUCCAGCAGGGAACUAAUCCAGCAGGGAACUAAUCCUGCAGGGAACUAAUCUAGCAGGGAACUAAUCCUGCAGGGAACUAAUCCUGCAGGGAACUAAUCCUGCAGGGAACUAAUACUGCAGGGAACUAAUCCUGCAGGGAACUAAUCCUGCAGGGAACUAAUCCAGCAGGGAACUAAUCUAGCAGGGAACUAAUCCUGCAGGGAACUAAUCUAGCAGGGAACUAAUCCUGCAGGGAACUAAUCCUGCAGGGAACUAAUCCUGCAGGGAACUAAUACUGCAGGGAACUAAUCCUGCAGGGAACUAAUCCAGCAGGGAACUAAUCCAGCAGGGAACUAAUCUAGCAGGGAACUAAUCCUGCAGGGAACUAAUCCUGCAGGGAACUAAUCCAGCAGGGAACUAAUCUAGCAGGGAACUAAUCCAGCAGGGAACUAAUCCAGCAGGGAACUAAUCCAGCAGGGAACUAAUCCUGCAGGGAACUAAUCUAGCAGGGAACUAAUCCUGCAGGGAACUAAUCCAGCAGGGAACUAAUCCAGCAGGGAACUAAUCCAGCAGGGAACUAAUCUAGCAGGGAACUAAUCCAGCAGGGAACUAAUCCAGCAGGGAACUAAUCCUGCAGGGAACUAAUCCAGCAGGGAACUAAUCCUGCAGGGAACUAAUCCAGCAGGGAACUAAUCCUGCAGGGAACUAAUCCAGCAGGGAACUAAUCCAGCAGGGAACUAAUCUAGCAGGGAACUAAUCCAGCAGGGAACUAAUCCAGCAGGGAACUAAUCCUGCAGGGAACUAAUCCUGCAGGGAACUAAUCUAGCAGGGAACUAAUCCAGCAGGGAACUAAUCCAGCAGGGAACUAAUCCUGCAGGGAACUAAUCCUGCAGGGAACUAAUCCUGCAGGGAACUAAUCCAGCAGGGAACUAAUCUAGCAGGGAACUAAUCCAGCAGGGAACUAAUCUAGCAGGGAACUAAUCCAGCAGGGAACUAAUCCAGCAGGGAACUAAUCCAGCAGGGAACUAAUCCAGCAGGGAACUAAUCCAGCAGGGAACUAAUCCUGCAGGGAACUAAUCCUGCAGGGAACUAAUCCAGCAGGGAACUAAUCCUGCAGGGAACUAAUCCUGCAGGGAACUAAUCCAGCAGGGAACUAAUCCUGCAGGGAACUGCUGGAUUAUAUUUUGAGGACGACCGCUUGUUUUGCGAUCGAAACGUCGUGAUAUAUUUGUUUUAUUGUUGUACCUACGUGACUUUACUGAAAUAACCAAAGAGUAUGGUAUACAGUUGCUUUGUGUCCAUUCUACUGUCUAGUUUUUGUUUUAAAUACCACGUUAACACGAACAGGUCGCGUUCAUGUAAAUGUUUUCCAUUGGCCGUACUGGUGUGUUGUUAUAAAUGUUUUUUUUUAUUUCAACACACUCAGCUCUUUCGAGCUGGUUGGCCAUCACAAGGCUGUCUGCAGAAAAGGUAAAUAAAAUGUUUAAUGUCAUCGUGACAUGCAGUUCACGCGGCGAUUCCUGUUGUUUUUCAGUUCAAAACUAAUUUUGUAUGUAUAUGUUAUCGUUACAAAUGCCAACAUUGCAUCCCACAUAAUUCUUAAUUGAAGCCCUGUUCGCCCCUACGGUUGUUGUUCCUGUGAGUCACCGUGGGAAGGGUUCCAAGUGAGGUACGUUUAUUUGGCAAGAGUUGUAACACACAUGUUGUGUACCACCAGUUGCUCACCCAUAAUUACAUUUGCAACCUCAGCAUUUAUUUGCAUAAUUUAAAAUGUCCAACACGUGGUCAGUAACUUUGCGCAUGAGCCUCCUUCCCACACAAUCAUUUCACGUGAACAAAUGGGCAUGGGCACUCGUUCAACAGAAUAUAAAUCGUCUUUGGUCCCGACAUAGCAGUGAGUAUACAAUGCUGGCAGGUGCAUUCCCAUUCAUCACAGUGCUCGGUUAUUACAGUUGUUGGAAACAUCGUUAAUUCAAAAAUUACAGAUGAAACAAUUACGGAUGUUAAAUGUCAACACUUAAUGCCUGAACCAUUAUCUGGAUAACAGAAGGUAAUUUAAUCUGGGGAGUUGUAAUGUACCGCACAGUACCGUAUUGUGAGUGGCCUGAUGUGAUUCUUGUGUAUUAGUUGAAGAUCGAUCAAUGGGAGCUUGCACUCAAUAAAAUACAUUAUUAUUUUAAUUUAACCCAGGAUGUUAUCGCAUGGCUUGGCGAUUACACACGCUGAAUGAAUGCAAUUCAAAUACAAAUGAAUGGUUGGGGCGAAUAUGUAAUUCCAUCAAUGUUAGUUAUCUCAGCCACACAAACAGGCAUAUGAAAGAGGCAACUACGUCUCCUUCAUAGUCUGUCUCUCCACAUAAAACUAAGGAAAACAAUGUAUAUUUUUCACAGUCAUCAGUGGAUAAUAUUAGCUGCAUUGAUUCAACACAAGUAACACUCUGGUCCGAGCUCACGUUUAAAUUUACACGGAUGUACAAAGAGGUAUAUUGUUUAUAGUUCACGCCACUUAAAUCCAUCACCACUACACGACUAAUAAAAUCAUGCCUUCCAGAAAAGUCUCAAUUUAGCAUUCAUAAGUCGCCAUCUACAGUUCAGUAGAUGCAAUACAAUGCAUUUGGGUUUCUGCUCAUAGACUUAGAGCGGCGAUAAUUCACUGUGUAGAAGAAAACUAAUUCCUGGGUAGUAAGUGUUAUUUUCUAAUUGCUUAUGCUUCAAAAGUACAGAACAUGGCUAUUAAUUCCCACAAACUUUUGCUUUUGUGACCAGGACACAAAAAUAAAGUUAAUAACACACUCCAUUAAUAAUAAUAAAAAUGAAGACCGCUUGUGUUGCGAUCAAAACGUCGUGAUAUUUUUCUUAUAUUUUUUUUUCUAUCUACGUGACUUUACCGAAAGACUCAAAGGAUAGGUAAUUAUUUAUCAAUGAUCCCUGCCCUCCCUGAAGGAGGUGGGAGGGCAGAAAGGUGUUAUUUUCCGGAACUCUACCCCGGAUAUAUCCCACGGAGUAAAACCCUGAGCAGAGUAUAUUCACUGCAACGCGUGGCAUUUAAAGAUCGAACACCGCCGACUUCAAUGACCAACGAGCGAAGCGAAGGGCUGCGAUGAUGACUCUUCCCUCCAGGGGGCAAACCUCUGCAUUGCUGCCGACACCGAAGCCACGGAACGGGCAACAAACACAAACACGUUUGAAGCGACCGUUCGCAAACCUUUGUUCGUGUACCCGGCCACGAUUCUGUAUUUUUUUAGCACAAACUGCAAAACAAAAAACGUGUGUAGGGCAGCAGGCCAGGCAGGGUUGAUACUGCCAGCAAGCAUAACAUCACGCGGACACGCGUGCCACACGCUAGCGCGGCAAUUUGUGAUAAUAGACACGGGAGCUGUUGCAAUUGCAGAUUGGGUAACUGAGCAAAGCUAGCGGGAGAGCUUAUAACAAACAGCAGCAGCAGCGGCGGCAGCGGCAUCUCUCCAUCAGGGUUAUCUGGUUUAAUCGGGGCUGUCUGCGCCAAUAGAUCUCCCCAGGAAUCAGCAAGCAUGUCCGUGUGGCUCAAUGCGCUACUGCUUGCCUUCAUAUUCACCCAAGCUGGCGGGUACUCGUCACACGCGGUGUCGCCCGCGAAGGAGAGGCGGAACAUUCUGCAGUUCGGGCGUCUGAUCGAGUGUGUGGUGGGCAUAUACCCUCUGGAGUACAAUGGCUAUGGCUGCUAUUGUGGAAUGGGAGGCCACGGACGUCCGGUAGACAAGACAGACUGGUGCUGUCAUGCCCACGACUGCUGUUAUGGGAAGGCGAUCAAAGCCGGCUGCAAUCCGUACAUGAAAUACUACAACUACGAGUGCAACAGCAUGCAGGCCACGUGCAGUGAGCAGAACGACGACUGCGCCAAGCUGGUCUGCGGGUGCGACCUGCAGGCGGCCCAGUGCUUCCGCUCGGCUCAGUUCGACAACAACUUCGUGGCCUGGCCCAACGAGGAAUGCUACGGAGCCACCCCGGCUUGCCCUUAAGCCGAGGUGGACUCAAUUGAGACGUUUUACUACACGGUUUGUAUUGCUCUUAGUACCGUUUUGCAGUUUACUUAAGGGGCCGUCCAUAAAUGACGUCACGCACCUGGGGGGGGAGGGGGGGGGGCAG